AUGGUUAAAGGUUUACUUUUGACUCUUUUAGCAGUCCUUGUUGUCAUUGUUGCUGUUGUACAUGCACAACAAUCAACAUGUGGUUCCUUGUCAAACAAUUCUCGUUACAUUAACCUUGUCGGUUCUUGGAGAGAAACUUCGAGUGGUAAGAUUUGGACCAGUGUUCAACAGGGAAAUCAUUUCACUUGGACACAACAAGGUACCAAUAGAAAGGCAACUGGUUUUGUUGUUGCUCCAUGUCAAAUUUCUACUGCAGUUGCAUAUAUUACAUUUGAUGGAAGUACUCAUUGGAAAGUUAGUAUUUCCUCCGAUGGAGAAAUUAUUCGUGGACCUUCAGAAACUUUUACUAGAGUGAAUGCUACUCAACCAGUUGCUCAACCAAGAGGUCAAUAUAAGGAAAAGUCAGGAAAGAUUUGGACUGUCACUGGCUCUACUUGUCAUGCUUUUACUUUGCGUAAUCAAGAUGGAAGAACUGCUGAAGGUUUCUACUCAAAUGAUGAAUCUACUGGAUUGACUACUAUCUAUAUUACAUUCCAUGAUCCUACUGGAGAUACUAUUUUGAGAUCAACUACUCCUAAUAUGGAUAUUUGGCAAUUAUCGAAUGGUGAUGUUUUCAGAAGAGUUGUUUAAGGAAAUAAAUUAAUUUCCCACC